ACAGGGGUUUUCAACUUCAAUGCUAAAUGCUAUCAUAGAUAUUUUCUUAGUAACAUCUCUAAAGAAUACUUUGAAGAAAAUCCAUGCACUUGAAGUAUGGCAGUUCAAUUUCUGUACCUAGUUUUGCUGUUAACCUUCUUUCACCAAGCAUUCGCAGCCUGUAAACUUGCCGGCAAUGCGCCAGAAAAUGGAUAUUUUGUCAAUGGUAAGGGAGAAAUACGGGACAGUAAGGCUUUGAAAAGUGCCGGUAGUAUGGAAAUAAGAUGCCAGGAAGGGUUCGUUGUCAUUGGUUCUGACGUGCGUGAAUGUAUCAAAAGCAAAAACGGGAAGAUAAAUUGGGCUCCUCUUGAGACAGAAUGCAAAGACGUAAAUGAAUGUCUAGAAGGCAUCUCACCGCCCACGGACACCGAGGAUGAAUACGAAACCUCAUUCUCUGAUUCCGUCAGCAGCUCUGCUGGCCAAACUAUUCCAGCUUGCCAUAAAGAUGCAAAGUGCGAAAACAUCCCAGGCUCGUACAAGUGUACCUGUAAAAAAUGCUUCAUAGGAGACGGAAAGAACUGCGAAGCCGAUUUGACACCCUGUGAAGAAUUAGACGAAACUUUAGAUCACGGAACGAUUAUUAAGUCUCUAGAUGGAAAAACCAUAAGAUACGAAUGCGACAAAGAUUACAGGUUAAUGGGACUUCGGGAACGGACUUGUAAAUGUGGUAACUGGAGUCAUGACGUCCGCACAUCUUGCAGUGAAUGGAUUCUAAUUAGAGACAAGCUGGUAAUUGGGGUAGUUAUUUUCAGCAGUAUACUCUAUGACAACAAAAUUAUAUAUAGAUGCGAUGAGGACUACAUCAUUUACGGCCCAACUGAACGCACAUGCGCUAGGUCUGGGGAAUGGACAGCCUAUGAACCGCUGUGUAAACCUGUACCAACGUUUGCAGAUGUUGCAUUAAAAUUCAAAGACAGUUUCAUAGAUAAAGUCGGCUCAUACUCAAACACCAGUGUGGCAGGAGAAGCCUUGGCAGGGCGUCUAUCAGCAAAUGCAUUUGGAUUAGAUAUUGUCUUUGCUUUUGACGCAUCUUCUAGCAUUGAUGAAACUGAUUUCCAAUAUAGUGUGGACUUCGCAAAUUUACUUGUUGAUCAGUUUGGCGUUUCGUAUGAAGAAGGUGGAACGCGCAUUGCAGCCGUAGUUUUUGCUUCCGGUGCAAGGAUCAAAUUUAACUUUAAAGAUGAACAGGCAGACGAGCCUGAUGAAGUAAAGGCCAAAUUAGAGGAAAUCAAGCAAGAACUCGGUGGAGGGACGGCAAUGAAGGAGGCAUUUGAGCAUAUCAUUGAGAAUGUUGUACCUGAAAUGAGAAUCGAUGCCAAGAGGGCACUGUUUAUGAUGACAGAUGGUAAAUCCAAUGACGGAAAUCCUGUCGCUGCCGCACAAAGACUUCGAGAGACGGAGGAUGUGGAGAUCUUUGCAGUCGGUAUAGGCUCUCAGGUAAAACGUGACGAACUCAGAGCUAUUGCAAGUACUCCAUAUACAUCCCACGUAUUCCUGAUCAAUUCGUUUUCUGAUCUUGCAACUUUAGCAGAGAUUAUUUCUGAAAAACGAGUCGAUUUCAACAGAUGUGGUGUGGCAGUUGAUAUUGACGUUGAAGAGGCUAAGAAAAAUGAGUUAACAUCAGACAGCUACGACGUUGAGAUACCUAAUACCUGGCCCUGGGUAGCUUCAAUUAGUAGGAAGUUCAAAAAUACCGACAUUUUCAAAUAUACAUGUGGAGGAACAUUAAUCUGUAGCCAAUGGGUGUUGACAGCGGCCUCCUGCGUCUCUAAAAACACCGACAACCCACUCAAAGAUACAGAGAUUAUGGUCACAUUUGGUCAGCACAACCGGUCAUCUGAUUUUGAAAUUGAGGUACAAGAGAAAGAAGUUGAGAAGGUAAUUUUGGCUCCUGGUUAUGUAAAGAACACAUAUGGUAACGACUUAGCACUCGUCAAGUUGAAGACGCCCGUGGUACUGGCAAGUUUUGUCCGCACAGCCUGCAUGGCCAAAAAGUUGAGCCUGAGUGUAUACACCAAGAUGGCUGCCGGAAAAUAUCAAAGGAUAACUAACUGUUCUUCAACGAAAAUCUUUUUUUUUUUCCUUCAUAAUUUCAGGUCUAGUAGUCCAUCUGCCUGCAUUGGUGAUGCUGGGGGUGCUUUGGUAUGUCUUAGAUAUGAUGAUACAUGGACAGUGGUCGGAGUUAGUAUUCCAAACAAUGAGUGUGCAAGCCAUGGCAGAUAUGGUCUGUACACUAAACCUGUUGGUUUCGAAGAAUGGAUAAAUAAACACACUGAUAACUGCUUGGAUGUGCAUUUGAAUAUCUUCAACUAGGUUUCAAAUAGCCUCAAACUAUGGAAGAUCUUCGACCAUGGCGCUAUAAAACGUAUAUUUUAUACUUUUAUGCUCUGCCCUAUAGAUUUUAACUUUAACUAAAGUAAUAGUGUCUUUCGUGACGAGCCCAAUAAUCCAUGCUUACGUAACAGCUUUUACUUUCCACAAUGCUAAAUAACUGUUUAUUAUUCAAUAACAAUACGAUUUUUGGUUGUUAUCUCCAUAAUUCUUAAGCCGGGUACUCACUGCGCCCACUGCGAUUAUAUUACGUAGCGCCACGAUGCGUGCGCCACGGAUUGUUUCUAAUGACGGUCCGUCCAGACUGUGUGGUGAUAGUGGUGAUAAUGAUGACGUUGAUGAUAAUGAUAAUAAUUUACAGAUUUAAAUAACAGACUGACAGACAGAAUAUUUUAAUAGAUGGCUUCGGCAACAGUUAUUUCCAUAUCUAAAUUUUAGCAAAUGCAAUGUUCAAAAUGUUAAUUAACUUUUAAGUUAUGAGUUCAUAUUGAAUCACUGUUAUCGUUGGUAUGAACAAUUACCCUCCAAAUAAAUUGAAAUUACAGUAGUUUCAAUAUUUACCAAAUAAAGAUCGACCUAAAGAUGAUAAA